UUAAUUAUUGCAAGUCUGGCUAAUCGGUGGUGGGCCGGGACGGUGGGCUUGCCGGGGAUCGACCUGCCGGCGAGUUGCUCACCUGCACUUACCAAACAGGUUGUUUCAGUAAAUGAAAGCAAUGGAAAAAGCAGUAAUAAUGGAGAUUUUGAAAGGGCGAUUAGUGGGGAUAAUAAUCAAGAUCAAGAUGAGCCUAAAGAGGGAGCGGUUGAAGUUGGGACGAAGCGGCCGAGAGGGCGGCCCGCGGGGUCCAAGAACAAGCCCAAACCGCCGGUGUUGGUGGCCCGGGACAGCCCGAACGCGAUCCGGAGCCACGUCAUGGAGGUGGCCGGCGGCAGCGACGUGGCGGAGAGCAUAGCUCAGUUUGCAAGGCGACACCAGAGAGGGGUUUGUGUGCUGAGUGGUAAUGGCUCCGUCACCAAUGUAACCCUAAGACAGCCCGCGGGUUCGGGUUUGGUGCUUCCGGGCCGGUUCGAGCUUUUGUCCUUGACCGGAGCGUUCUUGCCCGGCCCGGCUCCCCAGGCGGCCAAUGGGCUCACCGUGUACCUAGCCGGCGCCCAGGGACAAGUGUUGGGCGGAAGCGUGGUGGGACCCUUACUGGCUGUGGGACCAGUUAUGGUCAUAGCUGCUACCUUUACUAACGCAACUUACGAAAGAUUGCCACUAGAGAAAGAAGAAGAUGAUCACGGCGGAAGACCGGCGGCGCAAAUUCUCGCCAGAGGCUCACCACCUCCGCCGCCGGCCAUACAGAUGCCAAUUAUCCCUUCAUCAAUGUCGUCGCCUCUUUACAAUCUAACACCAAAUUCAGUACCAAAUUUGAGUGGAGAUGCAUAUGUUUGGGGGCAUCCCAGGCCACAGUUUUAAGAUGAUAAAAAUUAGGGCAAAGGAGAAAGAUUGGAUCGGAUCGGAGGUACUAAAUUAAUUUCACAAGUAUUUGAUUUUGUGUAUGUAUGUUUAGGUUUAUGUUUGUGCUAAGGAAAACAAUUCUGAGGUUUGUUGUGGUGUGGUUUAUAUAUAUAGAUAGAUAUAUGAAGAGAAAUCAUAUAUAUAUGACAUAUCUAUCUCGAUCUCUCUUGUAUAUUAUAAUGAUAAUAAGAUUAUAUUAAUUUCUCUUGCUUCAA